AUGACAUUCUACUGGGGAACAAACGUCACCAUCCUAUUCGAUGCAUGGACUACCAGCUCCUACACUUCCUACGCAAUCUCUCUCCUCCUCUGCUUUCUCGCCGCCGUCCUCUACCAGUUCAUCGAGGCCUGGCGGAUCAAACUCAAGCUCCUCGCUUCAUCUCCCCCGCAAUCCGGCCUAAACGUCCCCCUCAUCCAAUCUAACAUCGCCGGUGCCGGAAAGUCACCGUCGAAAGUCGCUGGCGCCGUAGUUUUCGGAAUUAACUCGGCUAUAGGCUACAUGCUGAUGCUUGCGAUCAUGUCGUUUAACGGCGGCGUUUUUGUCGCGAUUGUCGUCGGAAUCGCGGCCGGAUAUUUUGUGUUUCGGAGUGGUGAUGAGGAUGAUCAGGUGGUUGUUGAUAAUCCUUGUGCUUGUGCGUGA